CAGUCCUAGUCGUAGCAUGUCUUUUUGGUCCACACUCGGCAGUACAGUGACUUCCACUACUCAACAGCAAUGGAAAUCCAUGCUGUCGACUUCGACUGAAUCUACAACACAGCAGCCAGUCGUUCUCUGUGUUUAUGUCCAUGGAUUUAUGGGCAGUGACAAUUCGUUCCAUUCAUUUCCCAACGACCUCUUAACAGCUGUUUCACAUCAGUCAGCCAAUGCACAGCCGUUGCCGUAUACAUUCAAAUACAAACACUUUGUCUAUGACACACACGGUGAUAAUGCAGCAGUUGUAGGGAAGCUAGUGAAAUUCCUGAUAGCUGAAGCGCCAUCGAAUUCCAGCCAAGAAAUACAAGUAGUACUGCUUGCACAUUCGAUGGGAGGACCUUUGUCUUUGGAUGCUACAAGAGAAAUUCAUCGCAUGGCUGGAGGCAACCCAGCUCAGCAUCCUGUGCGGAUCAGGGGGAUUAUAUCUUUUGAUUCACCGUUUUUUGGACUGCAUUCAAAUACCAUUACAAGUGCAGGCAGUGGACGAAUGCAAGAUGUAAUUUCUAAUACAACAGAUAUGCUUGGGAUAUUUAAUAGGGUAACGAAUGGAAAUAGUGCAGCCAAUGCUACUACAUCAGCAACUGUAUCUAAAGGAGCAACGAAAACGGCAUCGAACGUGCCAGCAGCAGCCUCAUCUGGGUCCUAUUGGGGAGCGGCAUUGGGAGCAGCGGUUGCAGCGGGAACGGCGUAUUCGAUAUAUUCUUCCAAUUCAUUAGUUAAAGAGACGGUGAAUCGAACAGUCAGUGACCAAUAUGCAAAGACCAAUGGAUACAUGCAGUUUCUAGGUCCACUAUGGAAAGUUGAGGAUCAACAACAGCGGUUUGAGGAUUUAAAGUCGUUCAAAUGGUUAUAUUUCCAUGGUAUAUUUUUGUCAUUAAAGUCCAAGCAAAUGCAGCAGGAGCAGACCUUUACACAGGUGACUCAGUCAACCGACUUGGUUCCAUUGUUUUCAAAACACUCCAUGUCUGCAUCAUCGGAUGUGAUUGAUGCACACAUGAACAUGUUUAGCGAGAGUCAUGAUCGAGUGGCAUAUCUAGCACUACUUCAACGAGCAAGUGAAUGCGUAUGCUUAUGCAUGAAUAGGCUUUCAAACUAAAUGCGACCGCAACCAGAUGGGUUUCAGAUGAUUGUUUGCUCAUGGCCGAAAUGGAUUAAAGCCGUGCUUAUGAAAAUCAUUUGAGGCUUGAAGACUAGUGGCAGUGUUAUUAAUCACGUGGAUGCCGGUUGACUUUGUCAGCCCGAAACCAGCCAACCCUUGCGCUUUUAUUGUUUCUAAUUGAUCUCCAAAUGCAAGCAACAGCACGCUUAGUCAGGCCCAAGACACCAUUAACGAUGGAAUUGCUGCCAUUGGUCCUCAUGCAAUUGUUGUUGGUAUCAUAACUAUUAUUGGUGGUCUGUUCUUGGUGUUUGCUGGUUAUCGUUUCUUCCGUCCUACUCUGUUUUUAGCUGGUUUUGUUCUUAUGUCCAUGAUUGGAUACAUUAUCCUGACUCGUGCAGAGCCGAUCGAUGGCUAUCCACACAGGGAGACUGUGCUAUUGGUUGGCAGUUUGCUAAUCGGUUUAGCAGGAGGAGCUCUUUCAGUGUGUCUGUAUAAACUGGGUAUUACUUGUCUUGGUGCCCUUGCAGGAGCCUCACUCGCUCUGUUUAUUCUUGGAUGGCACACGUACGGCACUAUCUCUUCUUCUACUGGUCGUGCCAUUUUCAUUGCAGCGUUUGCAUUGGUUGGUGCAAUUAUAAUCCACUUUUUCGAGCGAAUUGCAAUCAUGGCUUCGACGGCUGUGCUUGGUUCGUAUUUGGUAGUGUUUGGUAUUGACGAGUUUGCACGGACUGGAUUUAUCGAGACUCUGCGCCUGUUCAUGAGUGGACCAACCAAAUUUGAUAUAUCGGUAGUGCGCCCCUCGGGACCAGUGUACGGAUUGUUGAUUACAUUCAUUGUUUUAUCUAUUAUUGGAUUUAUCGUCCAACACAAGGCUUACCGUGGACACAGUUUUAUUUGAGAUGUAUCAAUAAACUUAUUUUAUCAUCCUUGC